CGGCGCAGCGGAGCGGGCGACGAGCAGGGACAAGGCGGCGGAGGGGAGCGGGCAACGAGCAGGGACAAGGCCGCAGAGGGGAGCGGGCAACGAGCAGGGACAAGGCCGCGGAGGGGAGCGGGCAACGAGCAGGGACAAGGCGGCGGAGGGGAGCGGGCAACGAGCAGGGACAAGGCGGCGGAGGGGAGCGGGCAACGAGCAGGGACAAGGCGGCGGAGGGGAGCGGGCAACGAGCAGGGACAAGGCGGCGGAGGGGAGCGGGCAACGAGCAGGGACAAGGCGGCGGAGGGGAGCGGGCAACGAGCAGGGACAAGGCGGCGGAGGGGAGCGGGCAACGAGCAGGGACAAGGCGGCGGAGGGGAGCGGGCAACGAGCAGGGACAAGGCGGCGGAGGGGAGCGGGCAACGAGCAGGGACAAGGCGGCGGAGGGGAGCGGGCAACGAGCAGGGACAAGGCGGCGGAGGGGAGCGGGCAACGAGCAGGGACAAGGCGGCGGAGGGGAGCGGGCAACGAGCAGGGACAAGGCGGCGGAGGGGAGCGGGCAACGAGCAGGGACAAGGCGGCGGAGGGGAGCGGGCAACGAGCAGGGACAAGGCGGCGGAGGGGAGCGGGCAACGAGCAGGGACAAGGCGGCGGAGGGGAGCGGGCAACGAGCAGGGACAAGGCGGCGGAGGGGAGCGGGCAACGAGCAGGGACAAGGCGGCGGAGGGGAGCGGGCAACGAGCAGGGACAAGGCGGCGGAGGGGAGCGGGCAACGAGCAGGGACAAGGCGGCGGAGGGGAGCGGGCAACGAGCAGGGACAAGGCGGCGGAGGGGAGCGGGCAACGAGCAGGGACAAGGCGGCGGAGGGGAGCGGGCAACGAGCAGGGACAAGGCGGCGGAGGGGAGCGGGCAACGAGCAGGGACAAGGCGGCGGAGGGGAGCGGGCAACGAGCAGGGACAAGGCCGCAGAGGGGAGCGGGCAACGAGCAGGGACAAGGCCGCGGAGGGGAGCGGGCGAAUCUACUUCCCAGCGCUUCCUCUCGGAGGAAUGAGCAGAGACCAAGCCGGGGGCGCUGGAGAGUUUUAUUGCUUCUGGGAUGUGACCGCACUGCUGUGA